UCAAAUUUUGACUUGACAGUUUAUCUGUGUGAGUACAAUAAGCAAGUUACCUCCUUACAAAGAAGAGCAAGAUGCCGGCAUAUUUACCAAAGGAGGUAUAACAAUUGGUCUGAAGAAGUCAGGUCUGGUAUUCAUCCUUCAUCCCAGCAACAACAAGAUGGAGAUCAAGCAACAAGUGAUGUUCACAAGGACACCGGAGUAAGAUAUGCUCCCUAUGCCAUUCCAUUCUGCCAUCGGAGAGGCAAUUUUCAGAAAAAAGACGAAACCCAUGUUAACAAGGCGACAGAGCAAAAGCCUCCAGAGAGAAAAAUGGAGAGAAACAGGCAGGAUGAGACCUUGGGGAGCUGGUUCAAGAUCAGGAUCCCCUUCGGUAUUAAAUAUGAUGAGAAGUGGCUGCUGAAUUUGAUUCAGAAGCAAUGCAGUGUCCCCUUCACCCCAGUCGAAUUUCACUAUGAGAAAAUGCAGGCCCAGUUCUUCAUUGAGAACGCCAACAUUGCCUUCGCACUGAAGAAUGUCAACGGCGUGAUUUACAAUGAGGCUAAUGAAAGGAUAUCUAUCUUUGUUGAGCCCUGUGAUGCACCCCACUCUGUGCUGAAGGAGCUGAAGUCAGAAAAGGUGGAGCAGAUAAAGCUGCCCGUGAAGGAACGAUAUGAUGUCUCCCAGCAAUCUCUUGACAUCCAGAGAGUCCGCUCUGACCCCGGCUGGGACACUGGGGUGUGGGUGUACUUGUCCUGGCUCUGUUUCUCUGGCCCAUGUGGUUCCUCCUCAUCAUCACAGGUGAAGUCUGCAGGGGAGAUGGACAAGGGUGAGCGGCUGGAGCCAGAAGGGAUGUGUGCAGACAGAAACCCCCUGUGCACCACCUUCCCUGAUAAGUCAACCAACAUAAGCUCCAUCCUGGAAUUGUUCCCCAAGUUACUAACCUUGAAGCUCAAGGACCCCCACCUGCGGGUCCAGCUGCUGAAGCACACAAAACGUGUCAUUUUGCACACCCUCUGUGUGUUGCCCAAGACUCAGCAUGACUUCAGCUCCUUCGUGGUGGACACGUGGUUCCAGACGGAAACGAUGCUCUGCUUCUCCGUCAGUGGGGUGUUCAAGGAAGUGGAAGGGAGUUCUCAGGGCUGUGUGCGUGCCUUCACCCGGACCUUCAUCGCUAUCCCCGCCAGCUCUUCCAGUCUUUGCAUCGUGAAUGACGAGCUGUUUGUGAGUGACUCCAACCCCAAGAAGACUGAGUCUGUGUUCCUCAUCCCAAAGCCUACAUGCUGUGCUAGCUCCAUUUCCACCCUCUCCAUGGAGUGGCAGGCAAUGGUGCAGGCUUUCUCCACCUGGUCUGGGAUGAACGUCCAGGAUUCUCAGAAGUGA